AUAAGAGCAAUUAUUGGGUCGGUAAGAGAAGCAAGAGCAACGCUGACCAGCCAGAAGGUGUGUAUGUACUAUGUAGUACGAGCUUCUGCUGGUUCUUGCAGGCUUCAACAACGAGACUAGCGUUCCCCAGAUCUGGCCAGAUCUCCAUCGAUUAAUAGCCAGGCCACUAGUUGGUUCUUCUUUGGUUCUGUCAUAAAUCCAGCUACUUGUCAUAAAAAACAAGCUAGCACACACCAUCGGUCAUACCAGCCAUGACUCCAUGAGGGAUCAGUAUCUCUACGUUUAAGCUCCAAUUACAACAAGAACAACCGAGCACGAGGUAAUUUUGUUAUUCUGCGAGGAUCCAUGUAACUAUUCUGAUGGUUUCAUAUUCAGAACUGCACAAGGAGGUCACCAAGAUCGACCAGAUCUAGGCAGAUCCUGAAGCGCACAAGGAGGAGGUCACCACAUGUCAAAGUCUGGUUGGAUCUACAUCUAUUACAAGCCAGGAGAAGUGGUUUCAGAUCAUACAACAUGUCGGUAAAUCAUUGAGCUUCAGCCAAGAGAAGACUAGCAUUGACUUGGCUUAGAUUCACUGGCGGCAUCUUGAGAUUGCUUAAACAACAAAACUGAUGUUUCACACUCUCACCAAGCCAUGGCACUGUUUUGAUGAUUCAGAUCCUGAACUGCAGUCUCACCAAGCCACUCUCAUCUGAAAGCUGUCUGGAUCUACACCGAUUACAAUCCAGCCAGGACAUCUCAAUUUGAAGAUGCAAUCCAGCUACUUGUCAGCAACAAGAAGCUAGCACACUCUCAGCCAUACCCAUGGCUCCAUGUGAGUUCAGGAUCUCCAUGAUUAAGAUUCAAUGACAACAAGACCAGGCAAGCCACCAGGUCUCUUCUUUUGGGAGAAGACUGUUCUGGUGGUUUCAGAUUUAGAAGUGCACAAGGAGGUUACCAAGAUCGAUCAGAUCUAAGCUAUUACGAGGCAGUGGUUGUUUGAAUUAUAUUGAGAAAAUAUACAACUAGGCGACCAAUCAACAGUGAAACGUUAGAAAUUGUCAGAAAGUAAUGGCGGAGAUUGUUAUUCUAUUAGCCAUUAAAAAGAUCGGCACUGCCUUGGCAAAUGGAAUAGCACGCGAGGCAAGCACACAAUUUGCAAAGUAUGGGACACGACUAUUAGAGCUACAAGCCAGCAUGGAUCGUCUUGUGAGGGAGCUUAGUGUAAUGCAUGAUGUUCUCUGUCAAAUGGACAUACGAAACCUCAACAAUGCUGUCUAUGAGAGCUGGUUGGAGGGGGUACGGAAGGUAGCAUAUAAUAUGGAGGACAUGGUGGAUGAGUACUUGUAUCUAGUUGGUCAGGAGAAUGAUGUAGGGUGUUGCUUUUACCUGAAGAAAGGGUUCCGAAAACCAAGGUCUCUACUUUCUUUGAACAUGAUAGCUAUCAAGGUGAAGCAGAUAGAGAGAGACCUUACACACCUGUCAGAGACAAAAAACCGUUGGAUUCCCAUGAACAUUGGGGAUACUAGUAGCUCAGUCUACAUUGUUAAGAGGUCCCAAGAUCUAGCGAACAUUUCACGCUCCCUUGAUGAAGAUCUAGUGGGGGUCGAUGAGAACAGAGAAACACUUCAGCAGUGGUUGGCAGGUGAUCAUUUGGAACGCUCUGUGAUAGCGCUGCUUGGAAUGGGAGGGCUUGGUAAAACAGCUUUAGCUGCAAAUGUCUACAAGAAGGAGAGGGAGAACUUCCAAUGCCAUGCCUGGGUUUCCAUCUCUCAAACUUAUUCUAGAGAAGAUAUCUUGAGGAAUAUAAUCAAGGAACUUUCCGGAGAUAAAGUCGGUGUUCUAUCUAACACGAAAGACAUGGACAACACAUGCCUUGAAGAGACAAUUAAGACGUUUCUGGAGCAACAAAAGUAUUUGAUCAUUUUGGAUGAUGUUUGGACUCCAGAAGCAUUUAAUGAUUUUUCUAGGGUGCUUAUUCAUAAUGAUAAGGGCAGUCGAGUGGUAGUCACAACAAGGGAAAGCUGUGUUGCUGCACUUGCCUCUCAAGGACAAAUCUUAACACUUCCAGCUUUACCCGAAGACAAGGCAUGGGACCUCUUCUGUAAGAAAGCCUUUCCAAGAGAUACAAAUCAUAAAUGUCCUACCGAGUUGAAGCCUUUGUCCGAGGAAAUAGUUAGCAAGUGCAAAGGCUUGCCUCUGGUUAUCGUGUUAGUUGGUGGCCUCUUGCGUGUGCGUGAGAAAACUGUGGAAGAAUGGAGAAGAAUAAAUGUCCAAUUGAGUUGGGAGCUAAUUAAUAAUUCAAGUCUCAGUGACAUAAGGAAUGUUUUGCAUCUGAGCUUCAUAUACCUUCCAACACGCUUGAAAGCUUGUUUCUUGUACUGCAGCUUAUUUCCGGAAGACUAUCUUUUCAAAAGGAAACAACUUAUACGGUUAUGGCUAGCCGAGGGGUUCAUCGAGGAGAGGGGUGAAAGCACACUAGAAGAAGUGGCAGAAGGCUAUCUUAAGGAGUUGAUAGACAGAAACAUGCUACAACUUGUUGAGAGGAACUCAUUUGGUAGGAUAAAGGAAUUCAGAAUGCAUGAUAUCUUACGUGAAUUGGCAGUUGACUUGUGCCAGAAGAACUGUUUUGGUGUUGCACAUGAGGACAAAUGUGGAGGGGCUCAUCAGAAGGAUGGACGCCGUUUGGUACUGCACAAACUAAAAGAUGAUAUUCAACAAUCGUUUUCCAAUAUGCACCAACUUCGAACUAUGAUUACACUGGGUGAUAGCAAGUCAUCAUUCACUCAACUAACUCUGUUGUGUAAUGAGUCAAGAUAUAUGACGGUGCUAGAAUUAAGUGGUCUACCCAUCGAGAAGAUUCCAGAUGCCAUUGGAGAUCUUUUUAAUCUCCGCUAUUUGGGUUUGCGUGAUUCAAAAGUGAAGAAGCUCCCGAAGUCUGUUGAGAAGCUUUUCAAUUUGUUGACACUGGACCUUUGUGAAUCUGACAUAAAUGAGUUGCCUAGUGGGAUUGUGAAACUGAAGAAGCUCAGGCACUUAUUUGCUGAGAGAGUAUUUGAUCGAACAGGGAGGGAUUUAAAAUGUCGGAGUGGUGUGCAUAUCCCCAAUGGUCUUGGAAAUCUAACUAAUCUGCAGACAUUGCAGGCAUUGGAAGCACAAGAUGAUUCUCUUAGGCAUUUAGGGGAGCUGAGGCAAAUGAGAAGCUUGAGGUUAUGUAAUGUGAAGGGAAUCUACUGUGGACUUAUCAGCGAAUCUCUAGUUCAUAUGCAAUAUUUGUCCUUCCUAGAUGUGAUUGCAAGCGACGAGAACGAGGUUCUCUCGUUGAAUGUCCGCCUGCCAAGCCUGCAAAAGCUAACUUUGAGAGGGCGACUAGCAGAAGGGGCGUUGGACGAGUCUCCUCUCUUCCAACCUGUUGGGGGGCACAACUUGUAUUCAUUGUCUCUAUGUUGGUCACAGCUGAGAGAAGACCCCCUGCCACCCCUUUCUCGGUUGUCAACCUUGACACGUCUAGAUUUCACUAGAGCAUACAACGGAGAGCAGCUGGCAUUUCUCACGGAGUGGUUUCCCAAGCUAAAGGUUCUCUGGCUAAGAGACCUGCCUAAGCUGAGCCGGCUAGAGAUAGCAGAAGGUGCCAUGGCAAGCCUGGAGAAACUAUUCCUGUUCAACCUCAUCAGCAUGACGGAGGUCCCUGCUGGCAUUGAGUUCCUCCUGCCCCUCCAGUAUCUAGCCUUCGGCGAGAUCAGCAGUGACUUCUUGACGUUGCUGUGCCAAUGGACUCCAACACCAAGUCAGCGGUAUCAUUAUUCUCUCCGAGACUGAUCUGCCACACCCGUGCAGGUCCCCCGCCGGAAGAAAGAUGCUUCAUUAUUGGGCGGCAUGCAGAUUCGACUCAAUGAAUUAAAGCGUCAAUGCAACUCAGGAUGCAUAUCCAGCGUUGCUAUGCCAUUCGUGCAGCGUCUCCUCUGUUUUUUCAAGAUGCACUAUUGUCACCGUUUACUACUGCUGAGCGCUGCUACUACUGUUGUCCGGGCGUGUGUCCUUUAACCCGUAAAGUGUGCGACAAUAUUAAUUUGCCUAUUGCUGCUUAUUUCCGGUUGUGGCUAUUAAACAAGGCUGCAAUUACUGUAAGACUGAGACUAAGUCGUGUGUUUCAUUUUCAGACUAAUUUCUUUGCAUUGCCUGUUUGAACUGUGCAUUUGAAUUCCUAUGAUAUUUCAGGUGUGGCUGUUAAAUAAAGAACUCGUGCUGUGAUUCAUUUUCUUUC